CUUCUCUUUCUCUCCAUCCACGUGACUUGAUUCUCUCUCUCUCUCUUCUUUCAUUUCACGUAUAUAUUAAUCUGGCUCCAUCUACAUCUGUGAAAGAGAGAGAGAGAUUCAUGAAUCUUUUUACAGAAACACGAACAAGUUUCAGAAUCUGGUCUGACUCUUUGUAACCUUCUCGUUUAAGAUUCAUUGUACGUAUUCAAAUCUACAUUUCUUUGCCAUUGUUGGAAUCUCCGCCUCGAUCGUUUCUUAUCAAAGGAUCUGGUAUUCGAUUUUUGCUAUCGUUUCAAAGCAUGGUCUAAUGAUGAUCCUGAUCUCCGACUGAUCCAAUAACGGUUAAGCAACGCUGUUUUUGAUCCUCCAUUGUUGUUUGCCAUCGAUCAACACUCAGAAAUAAGGAAAUGAAAAGAUGUUAAUAAAGAUGAGCACAUCGUACGUGGCGCACGUGGAAGCACUUCUGUACGACGGACCCAGUCCAACUCGAACCCCACACACAUAGCAAAGUUGGAGUUUUGUUCAUAAAGAAUGGCGUUUAAUACGGCUAUGGCGUCUACAUCUCCAGCGGCGGCAAAUGACGUUUUAAGAGAACAUAUUGGCCUCCGUAGAUCGUUGUCCGGUCAAGAUCUCGUCUUAAAAGGCGGUGGUAUACGGAGAUCGAGUUCCGACAAUCACUUGUGUUGUCGCUCCGGUAAUAAUAAUAAUCGCAUUCUUGCUGUGUCUGUUCGUCCGGGGAUGAAAACGAGUCGAUCUGUGGGAGUGUUCUCGUUUCAGAUAUCGAGUUCUAUAAUCCCAAGUCCGAUAAAAACGUUGCUAUUUGAAACGGACACGUCUCAAGACGAGCAAGAGAGCGAUGAGAUUGAGAUUGAGACAGAGCCAAAUCUAGAUGGAGCCAAGAAGGCAAAUUGGGUCGAGAGGCUGCUUGAGAUAAGGAGACAGUGGAAGAGAGAGCAAAAAACAGAGAGUGGAAACAGUGACGUUGCAGAGGAAAGUGUUGACGUUACGUGUGGUUGUGAAGAAGAAGAAGGUUGCAUUGCGAAUUACGGAUCUGUAAAUGGUGAUUGGGGACGAGAAUCGUUCUCUAGAUUGCUUGUGAAGGUUUCUUGGUCUGAGGCUAAAAAGCUUUCUCAGUUAGCUUAUUUGUGUAACUUGGCUUACACGAUACCUGAGAUCAAGGGUGAGGAUUUGAGAAGAAACUAUGGGUUAAAGUUUGUGACAUCUUCAUUGGAAAAGAAAGCUAAAGCAGCGAUACUUAGAGAGAAACUAGAGCAAGAUCCAACACAUGUCCCUGUUAUUACAUCCCCGGAUUUAGAAUCCGAGAAGCAGUCUCAACGAUCAGCUUCAUCUUCUGCUUCUGCUUACAAGAUUGCUGCUUCAGCUGCGUCUUACAUUCACUCUUGCAAAGAGUAUGAUCUUUCAGAACCAAUUUAUAAAUCAGCUGCUGCUGCUCAGGCUGCAGCGUCUACCAUGACCGCGGUGGUUGCUGCGGGUGAGGAGGAGAAGCUAGAAGCGGCAAGGGAGUUACAGUCGCUACAAUCAUCUCCUUGUGAGUGGUUUGUUUGUGAUGAUCCAAACACAUACACUAGGUGCUUUGUGAUUCAGGGAUCUGAUUCUUUAGCUUCUUGGAAAGCAAACCUUUUCUUCGAGCCAACUAAGUUUGAGGACACAGAUGUAUUAGUCCACAGAGGAAUCUACGAGGCAGCAAAAGGAAUAUACGAACAGUUCUUACCAGAAAUAACAGAGCAUUUGUCUAGACAUGGAGAUAGAGCUAAGUUUCAGUUCACGGGUCAUUCUCUUGGAGGCAGUCUCUCAUUAAUAGUGAAUUUGAUGCUUAUCUCUAGAGGACUCGUUAGCUCUGAAGCUAUGAAAUCCGUUGUCACGUUCGGUUCACCGUUUGUGUUUUGUGGUGGUGAGAAGAUUCUAGCGGAGCUUGGUCUUGACGAGAGUCAUGUUCACUGUGUGAUGAUGCAUAGAGAUAUCGUCCCACGAGCCUUUUCGUGUAAUUAUCCUGACCAUGUUGCUCUCGUUCUCAAGCGUUUGAAUGGCUCCUUCCGUACACAUCCUUGUCUCAACAAAAAUAAACUGUUGUAUUCACCGAUGGGGAAAGUAUAUAUUCUACAGCCGAGUGAGAGCGUCUCGCCGACGCACCCAUGGCUUCCACCGGGAAACGCUCUGUACAUUUUAGAAAAUAGCAACGAAGGUUACUCUCCUACGGCGUUACGAGCAUUUUUAAACCGCCCUCACCCGCUCGAAACGCUGAGUCAACGCGCAGCUUAUGGCUCGGAAGGUUCAGUCUUGAGGGACCACGACUCCAAGAACUACGUUAAGGCCGUGAACGGAGUUCUCAGGCAGCACACGAAGCUCAUAGUUAGGAAAGCCAGGAUACAAAGGAGGAGUGUUUGGCCCGUGCUGACAUCAGCAGGACGUGGAUUAAACGAGAGCCUGACGACGGCCGAGGAGAUCAUGACACGUGUCUAAUGAAGGAAAAUGUACGGUUGUAUAUAAGUGGAAUCACUUCUGAUUAUGCGUUUAUUUACAUUUCUUGUGGGUGAGCCGAAACAAGCGAAUAAAAUAUUGUAAAGAAUAAAUUAUUCUAAACUUCUAAAAUAUUGUAAGCAAAUUAUGGUUGGUGGAGAUUGGAAAAUUUGGUUUUCUCCAACUCCAUGGAUCACUCACUCCCAUUCGAUGCACACCGUUUUACAAAAAUGGGCAUAUAUUAGCAA